GUUAGAUUUGUAUUUCUUACUGUAACAGGUUCCACCCGUGAUGCUGUGUAAAGUGAUAAUUGCAUCUUUUCUUCUAGUUUUAGGUUUUUGUAGAGAAUGUCGCGAGUUAAAGACGGAGGCAGGAAAAGUGUGUAUCUGCGAUUCAAAAUACUGUGACUCCAUUGAAAAAUUGACUCUUUCCCCCGGCUCAUAUCAAAUCUACACCACCAGCGAGAAGAAACUGGGUUUCUCAUCGUCGCUGGGGGAGUUAUUGGAAAAUCAACAUGCUGCCGCGGAAAAUUACAUUUCAGUCAAUCCCGAAACGACUUAUCAAACUAUUGUUGGGUUCGGUGGGGCUUUCACUGAUUCAACAGGCAUCAGUGUGAACGCACUUCCGAAACGGGCACAAAAACUGUUGCUUAACAGUUUAUUUGGGGAUGACGGUGUGAGAUACAGCCUAUGCAGGGUCCCAAUUGCCGGUACGGAUUUUUCUAAAAGACAAUACACUUAUGCCGACGAUUACGGAAACGAUUUGGAGAUGACCCACUUCAAACUGCAACCUGAGGAUACAGAUAUAAAGAUACCUUUGAUAAAAAAAGCUUUGGAACUGACUAGGAAUCAGUUGGAGCUAUUUGCUAGUUCGUGGACGGUGCCGGCUUGGAUGAAGACCAAUAAUUUCACCGGAGUUACCAUGCUGAAGGAGGAAUUUUAUCAAGCGUGGGCAAAUUACUAUUUAAGGUUUUUUGAAGAGUACUCCAAGCAAGGCAUACACUUUUGGGGUAUGACUACACAAAACGAACCGCUGGAUGGAAUCUAUCCUUUUUUCGCACAAGGUCUAAACUGGUUGGGCUUUUAUCCACACCAAAUGAACAAAUGGGUUGGUAAUUAUUUAGGUCCAACAAUAAGGAAUUCCCCGUUUCGGUAUUUGAAAAUUAUGCUACACGAUGAUAAUAGAUUUACAUUACCAUUUCUUCCUUUGCAACUAGAAAAUGAUGAGACAAUAAAAUAUGCUGAUGGUGUGGCCAUACAUUUUUAUUGGGACACUUAUUAUCCGAAUUCCUUUUUGGAAUACACGAAGUCCAGUAAAAAGGAUUUAUUUUUGUUGGCUACAGAAGCAUGUUAUGGUCCAGUAUCCAUAGGAAAUUGGACAAGGGCUGAAGGUUAUAUUGAAAGUAUAAUUUUUGAUUUACAACACAAUUCUGUUGGUUGGGUAGAUUGGAACAUGGUCCUAAAUGAAAACGGCGGCCCAACCCUUUUGAAUCCUUUAGAUGCAGCGAUAAUGAUCAACUCUACAUCUGGCCAGUUCUACAAAUUGCCAAUUUACUAUGCGCUUGGUCAUUUUUCUAAAUUUAUCCGACCAGGAUCAGUUCGUAUUGAAACGACGUUUCUGCAUAGAACUGCAAACGUGAAUGCAAUAGCUUUUAAGAGACCAGAUAAUGUUAUCGCAGUAAUUUUUUAUAACGGGGGUCCUUCUGAAACAACGAUUCAUAUAACGACACAUCAAGGAGAUAUUGUUCAUAUCAUUCAAUCUAAAUCUAUAAAUACUAUUUUAUUUCAGUAGUUAAUUAGAAGUAUUUAAGAAAUAA